CUGUCGGGUUCUUUGCCAGUAGCAUUUUUCCUGUCGGGUUAUUUUGCUCUCCUGCAGACAGACCCCAGCAAACAGUCGAACUUGCUAACCAAAAGAUCUCUGACAGCCCCUAGGGAAGAGUUGUAGUAUCAGCUCUGAUCAGGGGAGUGACAGUUGACAUCUAGCCUGUUCUGUGCUAUCCCGGCUUCACGGCUCUGCAGAAGAAUGUCUCAGUGGAGUGAGCUACAAAGACUUGACCCCAAAUUCCUAGAGCAAGUGCAUCAACUUUAUGAUGACAGUUUUCCUAUGGAAAUUAGGCAGUAUCUGGCACCUUGGUUGGAAAAGCAAGACUGGGACUAUGCUGCCAUGGAUGUCUCCUUUGCCACAGUAUGUUUUCAUGAACUUCUCUCUCAGUUGGAUGAGCACUAUAGCCGCUUCUCUCUACAGAACAAUUUUUUGCUGCAGCACAAUAUAAGGAAAAGCAAACGUAAUCUUCAGGAUAAUUUUCAGGAAGAUCCAAUACAGAUGUCUAUGAUCAUCUCUAACUGUCUAAAGGAAGAAAGCAAAAUCCUGGCAGCUGCCCAGAAAUUUGAACAGGCUCAAUCAGGGAAUAUUCAGAAUGCUUUUACUUCAGACAAACAUAAGGAGAUUGAUAAAAAUGUCAAAAAUGUGAAAGACAGAGUUAUGGACAUAGAACAAGAGAUAAAGGUACUAGAAGAUUUACAAGAUGAAUAUGACUUCAAAUGCAAAACCUUUAGUAACAGAGAGCAUGAACAUGCUAAUGUGGCACCAAAUGAAUAUAAGCAGGAAAAAAUGUUAAUGCAAAAGAUGUACUUAAUGCUGGAUCAGAAGAGAAAGGAAGUUGUGCAGAAAAUAAUAGAACUUUUGAAUGUGACAGAAAUUGCCCAAAAUGUUUUGCUUAAUAAGGAACUGGUGGAAUGGAAGCAAAGACAGCAGAGUGCAUGUAUUGGAGGACCUCCCAAUGCUUGCUUAGAUCAAUUACAGAACUGGUUCACCACCAUUGCGGAAAGUCUUCAGCAAGUUCGUCAACAGCUUAAAAAGCUUGAGGAAUUGGAACAGAAAUACACCUAUGAGCUGGACCCUAUUCCCAAAAACAAAGACAUUUUACGUGAACAAACUUUGAAUCUUUUCAAGCAACUAAUUCAGUGCUCAUUUGUGGUAGAAAGACAGCCAUGUAUGCCAACUCACCCACAGAGACCAUUAGUCCUAAAGACAGGAGUGCAGUUCACUGUGAAACUGAGGUUGCUGGUGAGAUUACCAGAACUGAAUUACAAUUUGAAAGUGAAAGUUUUAUUUGAUAAAGAUGUGAAUGAGAAGAAUACUGUAAAGGGGUUUAGGAAAUUCAACAUUUUGGGAACACACACAAAAGUAAUGAAUAUGGAGGAAUCUACUAAUGGAAGCUUAGCAGCAGAAUUUCGGCAUCUGCAAUUGAAAGAACAGAAAAAUGCAGGUACCAGAACUAAUGAGGGCCCUCUCAUUGUUACUGAAGAGCUUCAUUCUCUAAGCUUUGAGACCCAGUUGUGCCAGCCUGGCUUGGUAAUAGAUCUAGAGACAACAUCUCUGCCUAUUGUUGUGAUUUCCAAUGUAAGCCAGCUUCCCAGUGGAUGGGCAUCCAUUUUAUGGUACAACAUGCUAACAACAGAACCCAAGAAUUUAUCCUUCUUUCUGAACCCACCAUGUGCAAAAUGGUCUCAACUUUCAGAGGUGUUGAGUUGGCAGUUUUCCUCUGUCACAAAAAGAGGACUUAAUUUAGAACAGCUGAACAUGUUGGGCGAGAAACUCCUAGGCCCCAAUUCCUCUAACUCUGAUGGUCUUAUUCCUUGGACAAGAUUCUGCAAGGAAAAUCUAAAUGACAAAAAUUUUUCUUUCUGGCUUUGGAUUGAGGGCAUCCUUGAACUCAUUAAAAAGCAUCUAAUUUGUCUCUGGAAUGAUGGAUGUAUAAUGGGCUUUAUAAGUAAAGAACAAGAAAGGGCAUUACUAAAAGAUCAGAAGCCUGGGACAUUUCUGCUGAGAUUCAGUGAAAGUAGUCGGGAUGGAGCAAUCACUUUUACUUGGGUUGAAAAGUUACAGAAUGAAUCAGUAUUUCAUGCAGUUGAACCAUACACGAAAAAAGAACUCUCUGCGGUUACUUUUCCUGAUAUCAUUCGGAAUUAUAAAGUCAUGGCUGCUGAGAAUAUCCCUGAAAAUCCUCUGAAGUUUCUAUACCCAAACAUUGAUAAAGACCAUGCUUUUGGAAAAUACUAUUCUAGGCCAAAGGAAGGGCCAGAGCCAAUGGAAAUUGAUGGCCCCAAAGGGACUGGCUAUAUCAAGACUGAACUAAUUUCUGUAUCUGAAGUUCACCCUUCCAGACUUCAGAACACAGACAACCUUCUACCUAUGUCUCCUGAGGAGUUUGAUGAGGUUUCUCGCAUAAUGGGCCAUGUAGAACUCAGCAAUGUGAUGAAUGUACCUUUUAAUAUCUGAAUUUUGUUCAUCUCUUCUGAAUCAGACUCAUCUGCCCUUGGCUCACAUCUGCUUCUCCCAGACUAGUUUUUUAGAGAAAAGAAAGUUAUAUUAACAACUUUGCUUCCAAGUGAAUUUUUUCUUAUCUCAAAACACCUAUUUACUCUGAAGGUCUGCACCAGCCUCGCUGAAGGUAAAGCUGAUAAGAAUAUACAUUGGAUAUGGAGGAAGGGUAGAAGUCUUUUUAAGGGAAUCUAUCAGUGUUGUGCACAUUGGGUACCUAGUACAGAUUUUAUUAAAAUAAUAGGUCAAUAUUUUUAUAGGAAUUUUUGGUGUGGGAAUUAUGAUUUUCCAUAUUGAAAAAAGUUUUAAUGGUUGAGACAAUUUCCAUAUUGUCAAUAUGGCAGAUCUGUCCUCCUCUCCCUCUCAUCACAUCUCUUCCCCCAUGUUACUAAACGCAGCAUCUUACAUAGUAAAAGAUAAAUUUUGGACAAAUUUCUCCUAACCCCAAAUUCUCAUUAAAAAUUGUCAUAUAUUGUAUGUAGUUUGCCAGGCCAGGCAUUUAAAAAUAAUAGAACAAAUAAACAUUUAUUGUGGAAUUGGCUUAGUAUUUGGGUUAAAGUUAGUGAAAAGUUGCUGGCUAACGUCCACAGAGACCAAAUGCACAUAGUAAAUUUAUAAAUAGUAUUUCUCUUUAUCUCAUUACAAAGCUUUUCAAGAGCUUCUAUCUUCAUUACAAUUGUCAGAAACAAAGUUGUUUUUACAUUACUAAUCAAGUAGCUAAGACUCAACAAAUAUUUUAAUAUCUCAGCACUUGUAGACAGGGCCAAAGCUGACAUUGACUAAAAAUGUAGAUAUAAACAAAUUAAUAAAUUGAAUAGGCAGAAGCUUGUAUUUUAUUUCUCAGUCAUAGUGGAUAUAGAUUUAACUUUUCAUGGAAAGACUAAUUAGUGGAAAGACUAAUUUCACGGAAGGACUAAAAUUGACAGUAUCUAAAUGGGAACAAUAUACAGAAAUUGGCUAAUAUUUAUUUUCCUUUUUAACUGAAAAUAUUAAAUUAGCAUUGUUUUCAUUGUCUGCUGCCUCUGCACUGAACUACACAAGCACUGAAAUGAAAAGCUAUAGUUUGGGGGAGGGAGGCAGGAAGAAAGGCAAGAGAUUUUUAACCUUGUGAAGUUAUCUGAAAGAAAAUGCAUUUGUUUGACCUAUUUAGCUGUAUCUCAUUAUUUUUUAUUGUCACUUCAAUUGUAUUUCUUGUGGUUGUCAAUAUUUCUUUAAAUCAAUUUAAAAACAACAAAUGAAUGAUAAAAUAUAUUGAAUUAGGAAA